CGUGGGAUCCUGCUUCUAAUCUGUGGUAGAAUCCUCUCCAUUCCCAGCCCGCUAUUGAGACGCCACAGAUCUUUGCUGCAUCGCCCCAUCGGUGGCAGCUUCGUGGCGCCGCCCAGAUGCAUUACUUGUGCAAGUCAAUAUUUAAGGGGGGCAUAUGAGGUGACGAGAUGGGACUUGGAAAAACGCUCUUGGCAAUCCUUGUCAUGGAACAGGCCAGAAAGGAGCAUGGCUCCUUUUCUCUUGUGGUAUGUCCAGCAUCGUGUCGACUACAGUGGCAAAAGGAGAUCUUGAAUGCGUACAACCCAGGACUUGUUCCGAAGGUUCUGCUGUUAGAUGACAUGUCCAUGAGCGUCCACCAGCUCCUCGACGAAAGCUAUGAAAUUGUAAUUGUCUCUUACAACUUUCUCGGGGCCAGCCACCGCGCCAAUUUGAAUUUUGCCGAGAUGUUUAGCCGCUACGUCAGAUGCGAACGCCCGAGGCCUUCGCGACCGAUAUGUGCUCUCACUAGUGAUGUUUGGAAGCUCGUCAACCUCCCAUUCAAACGAGUGAUUCUUGACGAGUGCCAAAAGGUCAAGAACGAGAAGGGGGUCUGGUACAACGCCGUAAAGUCUCUUCACCACAAUGGUAUAGUCAUGCUGUCCGGAACCGUCCUGGCCAACCGAUGGCAUGACAUCGGCGCUCCAUUGACUUUGUUGCGCGGGCAUCCUUUCGAGACCAAGGAGAAGUUCCUGAACGCUUUUGCCUCUGAUGACGACAAGGAUACUUCCCCUACUGAGCUUCUAGGUGAAAGGUUGGUACAGUUACAGCGCUUCCUCAUGGGGGUGCUCAUCGCGAGACCGGCAUCUAUCCUCAAUCUUCCUCUACUCACGGAGAGCUCGGCCGUUUUCAAGUUGAACGAUGCGGAAUCCCAGAACGUCCUCGAAGCCACAAACAAGUUUGUGAGAGCAAGAUUCCACUCUAGCUCGAACUCGGAUAAGGCAGGCAUAGAUGGUGAAAGCCUAAAUCCUUUGGGGCAUGCUGUUCGUGCCCAACUCUUGGCCGCUCAUCCUCUCCUCCCGUCUGAGCAUAACUGCGAAGGGGUCGAAGGACGAUUCAACCUUGACAUAGAUGAUGGUAUUGACGAAAACGUCGUUAGAAUCAUUGAGGCUCAGAGCGGCAUCAGUUCCGAAUCAAGGAAUGAGUGGUUGUCACGGCUUGACGCCCAAGAUACGGAGACCCUGAUGAAGUCAACCAGAGGGCACGCCUUCCUCGAGAUAUGGGACAGAGUUAGUAACUCAUGGCCAGGCAAAAAGGCUAUCAUCUUUAGGUCCUAUUUGAAGUUUUUGGACAUACUGGCUGUGGUUCUCAAGAGACAGAGGGGGGCUAUCAGUCUGCGUUUUGACGGGAGUUUGGAUGACAGAGAAAAAGAAUCUGUCAAAGACGAUUUCAUGACGGCCAACUCAUCCUCACCACUCUUAAUUACUACCGGAUGCGGUGGUACUGGGAUUAAUCUCCAGGCCGCGUCAGUUGUUAUACAAAUGGAGCCGUGGUGGAACCGCAACCAUGAGAAACAAGCAUAUGCGACAGACAAAAGAGGUGAAGGUCUUUAAGAUACUCACUGAAAACAGUGCCAUUGACGGAUAUGUGAUGGAUUCUCAGGAAAGGAAAGCCAAUGUUAACAACCGGGUGAUGGAGGCAUUAGUGUGGGGUCUUGAACAGGCUGUCACUGUUCCUGACUUGAUCCUCU